AUGGACCAAGUCCCCAGUGUUUGCAUGAAGCGGCCCCAGAUCCUUCAUUAUGCGCCUCCUGAACCCAAACCCUCGCAGGUGCACUAUCACCCGAUGCCGAUUUUCCGCCUGUUGGUCCGUGCCAAGGCCGGUACGAUCCACCCGGCGUGUAUACUUGCUAUGUUUGCUAUCAAGGUAUUAGAGGGUGGCCCAUGCACAUGGAGUAUAUUUGGGGUACCCUUAUGA